AUGGCGGCGACGCCGAUGAACCCGCCAUCGCAGAACCAGUUCUUCGGAGCGCUGGCAGUGGCAGCUCUCGUCUUGGUUUGCACUGCGGUGGUCAUGACGGAGAGACCUGUCUGGAUGGUUGGACAGGAACCGCCUCUCGGAAUUCUGCGUCCAUUUACUGCGCCCGCGCCCAGCGAGCCUGUUUACACUGCGGAGCAGCUGAGGGAGAUGGCAACGCAGGGUUUGAGCCCAUCUGCUGCCCAAAAAUCCAUCAAGCUGCAAAGCCUUGCUGAGCACGAAAGUGAUGAGAAAGAGGCGAUUGAGGAAGCUGAGGAGAAGGCAUCUGCCGCUGCCUCGCAGAAGGAAGCCAAGUUCGCGCACGGUGACGAUGAGUACGCGGAAGUAGAGAACGCGCCAGGACCUCUGUACCCCCCUACACAUGGAGGACAAGACUUGGAUGUCCUUCAGUUUGGUGACUACCCCGCGGACUACGGCUCUCACACCUCCGCGCGACUCCAGAAGCAGGACACCAUUGUACCUGUGAACAUGGUGCAAAUGUCGAUGUACCCAGUCAUCGGGCCAGCAGGAAUGCAAGAUGCAGCUGGUAUGAGCGAUCAUGAGACAGGGACACCUGGAAAGCCCAUCACCGCAAACCUCUUGUUCGGCAAGACGUUGCGAACGAAUGGCUUGGGGGAUGGGGUUUACGUUGAAACCGUUGCUGGAGGCUUAGGAGCAAACUCAGAGCCGCCCAUUGACCGCAUGUUCGAUCAAUUAACGUCAGACAAGGGCGAGGAGGACGAUGGAACACUCUCAACAGUGCUUCUCUGGUCGGCAGUGUUGAUGGUGCUCAUUGGAGGCAUCGUUCUGAUAGGAUACAACUUGCUUCCUGCAGGAUCAUUUUCACGUGCUUGGAGGGGGGAUGAUGGUUUAGAUCCCGACAACGUGGAGGCGGGCAAGUGGACAAGAGCGACCUACGACCCUCCCGUUCAAGGCUAUCAGCGCACGGUGAGGUCUGAAAGGCCUCUCGUGCUCUCUGAGAUGCAGACUUUGCUCGCUGGCUGGUGUUGCUUGUCAGAUUCUGCUGGGUUACAAGGCUGA